AUGACGUCAAUCGGGAAAGUCGUGCCUAUAGUUGGAGUGAUCCAAAAUUAUGCCUGGGGUAAAAAAGGUACUGAAAGUGAAGUUGCCAAAUUAUACAAGGGGUCAAUCCCUUCCUUCAACAUUCAGCCUGGCUCGCCAUAUGCUGAACUCUGGUUUGGAACUCACCCUAAAGGCCCGUCAAAAUUAUUAGAAAAUUCUGAAUUGUUGACAUCGUGGUUGUCAAAAAAUCUCCAGCAGGCUAGUUGUAAUCAUUCCAAUGAGCUGCCAUUCCUACUCAAAGUUCUAUCAGUUGACACUGCUCUAUCGAUACAGAUACACCCAAAUAAGUUAGAAGCAGGGGAGUUGCACAAAUGGAACCCAAGAGAGUAUCCGGACAGCAAUCACAAGCCCGAAAUGGCAAUAGCCCUGACGUCGUUUGAGGCCCUUUGUGGUUUUAGGCCUCUUCAAGAAAUUGAGCACUAUUUUUGUGAUUUAGAUGAACUGAAGAUACUAACAAAAUUAGUGACCGAUUCGGCGCAUCACGUGACUACAGCGGGAAAAAUCUUCCAAACCGAACUGGACUUCAAAAAUUCGUUUGUAUCCCUGAUGAAUUGCGAUGCUGGGAUCGUUAAAGAGCAAGCUGCUAGUCUCAAUGGAAGGAUAUCAAAAAACAACGAAAUGAAGUCAGACCCGAACCACGCCCUAUUUUUGAGACUUCACUGCCAGUACCCCGGCGAUGUUGGCUGCUUCUGUGUCUACUUCCUCAACUACGUCACGUUGAAACCAGGAGAGGCCCUUUUUCUCCAGUCAAAUUUGCCGCACGCAUAUAUACAUGGAGACUGCAUAGAGUGCAUGGCCAACUCGGACAACGUGGUCAGGGCAGGUUUGACCCCAAAAUUCAGAGACGUCGAUACCCUCUGUCGAUUAGUGAAAUACGAAAAUAGGCAAAUCAGAGAUGUGCUUUUCGAUUCGCUAGCUAAGGAUUUCAAGAAAUACACCAUGCCAGCUACUAGUACAUCAAGUAUUUUGCUGGUAACAAAAGGUCAGGCAAAACUUUACUGCAUCAACAAGAGUAAUGAAGAUAAUGAUGAUAAUAAUGGCGGUAGAAACUCAGCAGGCACCAACUCCCUCAAGUCCGACACUAAGCCGGACAGGAACGAUCAUCGGUGGAAAAAAAUCGAUAUAAAAACUGGGUUGAACAAAGAAAAUGGAAAUGGAGUGCUUAGAAAUGCACCUAGCGAACAAAAGGGUAAUAAAGCAAAAAACGAUUCGGCGAAACCUGGCGAGUUAAACUAA